CAGAUGUGGACACUGGUCUUGUUGAGUGCAGUUGUGGCAACAGGGGUCAUCCUUCUUGUACAGCUGAAUCUUCGCAAGCUUCACCACAAAACAGGAAAGCAUAAUGGUAACAGUGAUUCACGAGUAGCCGAGGAAGACAGUGAAGGAUGCGAAGUGCAAGUAUUCACAUGUUACACAGGGCCAUCCUAUGGGUUGGCUGCUGUCUUCUCUCUCAAAGCGCGGCGUGGGAGCCACGAAGGACGUCCGUCAGGUUUGUAGCCGGCCUGUGGCUACUGUCUUCUUUCAUUGUGGCCACUGUGUACCGCUCCAACCUCAAGGCCAUGCUUAUCCUGCCAAGGACACCGCUGCCCUUCAACUCUGUCAACGAACUCGCAGCCACGGACAUCUCUGCAUAUGUUAUCAAAGGCAGUCUCAUAGACCAUGCCAUUAAGGCUGCUACACCGAACUCUCCUUUGGGACGUGUGCGUAAUCAGGUUGUGGUGAGCAGUGAUCUACCUACUGCCAUACUGGGCCUCUAUAAAGGGCAGCUUGCUGCCUUUGGCGGCCGCCUUGGUUUAGGGACACUGUCAGCUGGUGACUUCGCUUUGAAUGGUUACUGCUCGCUCUACAUAAUAAAGGAGGGCUUCCUUGGCACAAGCGUUAGUCUCGCCUUUCCUAAGGGCUCAUUUCUUAUCUCAAAGGUCAACAGAGUGAUCAGCAGCUUGAGUGAGUCUGGCAUCCUGCAACAUCUGUACGGUGCUGCACUUGGGAAUGCUUCAUAUUGCCUGGAGACCAUUUCAACCUCCACCGUCUUCGACAUCAAGCUCAGGCCCCUUGAACUGCAAGACUUCUAUGGUGUUAUCUCUGUUUACAUUGGAGCUCUUGACAACGAGUCUGCUUCCUUCAAAUAUCUUCAAUACUUCUUUCCUAAGCUUUCAGAGGCAAAAGUGAAAGCUGGUAUCUUCAUCUGA